UUUUAGCCAAUUGCCAAAGAGAGUAGUUGGGCGGCAACAUUACCGGAAGACUCCGCCCCCACCCCGGUCAGCCAAUCCAGAAAAGCUGGGUGGGGAACUUCCUUUGUGAUCCCGCCCCUUUGGUGCUUGGUAAUUUAGAGCCGCGCGCUGGGCGGGAAUGUAAGAUGGCGGAGUAGCAACGCGGUGCUGUUGGUGUUCAGGCUGCGGGCUGACUUCGAGACCAGUCUCCGCAGCUGCGGUGACCACUGAAAAAAGAGUGCGUUUGUGCAGUUGCCCAAGAUGCCGAAUAUCAAAAUCUUCAGCGGGAGCUCUCACCAGGACUUAUCCCAGAAAAUUGCUGACCGCCUGGGCCUGGAGCUAGGCAAGGUGGUGACUAAGAAAUUCAGCAACCAGGAGACCUGUGUGGAAAUUGGAGAAAGUGUACGUGGAGAAGAUGUCUACAUUGUUCAGAGUGGGUGUGGUGAGAUAAAUGACAAUCUAAUGGAGCUUUUGAUCAUGAUUAAUGCUUGCAAGAUUGCUUCAGCCAGCCGGGUGACUGCAGUCAUCCCAUGUUUCCCUUAUGCCCGCCAGGAUAAGAAAGAUAAGAGCCGGGCUCCCAUCUCAGCUAAACUUGUUGCAAAUAUGCUAUCUGUAGCAGGAGCAGAUCAUAUUAUCACCAUGGAUCUACAUGCAUCUCAAAUUCAGGGCUUUUUUGAUAUCCCAGUGGACAAUUUAUAUGCAGAGCCAGCUGUCUUAAAGUGGAUAAAGGAGAAUAUAUCUGAGUGGAGAAAUUGUACUAUUGUCUCACCUGACGCUGGUGGAGCCAAGAGAGUUACCUCCAUUGCAGACCGAUUGAAUGUGGAUUUUGCCUUGAUUCACAAGGAACGGAAGAAGGCCAAUGAAGUGGAUCGCAUGGUGCUAGUCGGAGAUGUGAAGGAUCGGGUGGCUAUCCUGGUGGAUGACAUGGCUGACACUUGUGGUACAAUCUGUCAUGCUGCUGACAAACUUCUCUCAGCUGGAGCUACCAGAGUUUAUGCUAUCUUGACUCAUGGAAUCUUUUCUGGCCCAGCCAUUUCUCGUAUCAACAAUGCAUGUUUUGAAGCAGUAGUAGUCACCAAUACCAUACCCCAGGAGGAUAAGAUGAAACACUGCUCCAAAAUACAGGUGAUUGAUAUCUCCAUGAUCCUUGCAGAAGCUAUCAGGAGAACCCACAAUGGAGAGUCUGUCUCCUACCUGUUCAGCCAUGUUCCUUUGUAAUAGAAUAACUUCUGAAGCAUUUUGAAAAUAAAGCCACCCCCACCCCUCGUUUUUUCUCGGUAUUUGGUGAGUUCAGCAGAAGGCCCAGCUUGCUCCAGUGUAGCUUUUACAUCCCACAUUAGGUACAUUAGAAUUUAGCCUAAAUUGGAAAAAGACAGACUGCAAUUAACUGCUAGGAUGUCCUAUUUGCAUUGCUUCAUCCUGGCUUUCUUGUUAUUUUGUGAGCCUUGCAGCUUUAACUAGAGCUCAGCUGCUGAACGAUGUAUAGACUGUUGAAAAUAUUCCACAAGGUCCUUAGGAUGUGAUUGACAAGUUGAUACUCCAUUGCAUGUGAAUGCUUUGGGGGUUUUAUUCAUUCAGAAUAACUAGCAACCAAGUCAGCCCAUAUGUGAUACAUUUUCAGAGGUUUGUGCUACACUGCAGCAAGAACCCUGAGCAUCCUUAAACAUAGUUCCAGUAGUUGAGCACCCUGUUAGGCAGGGGCAGGUAGCUCAAUGUAGUAAUUAACUUUUUUGGGAGGAAGAAGCCUGAUCCAUUGCCAUCUAUUUAUAGCUUGAAUUCUCUACACCCGUGUUUUCCAUUUGGCUUUACUGUCAGCUGUCUUGACCUUUUCCUGGCCAAAUAUCUUGGACUGAGUGAUCAUUGUACCAUUAUCUUCUGUGAGACAGAUUUGCUUCUUGCUAUGUAUGUAAGCACUAACAAUCACAUUAGAUAACCUGCUGUAGCGCAAUCUUCCUUAGCCUAUUGCCACUGUGGUGGUAGGUUUUAGGUGGUGUCAUAGUGCCUUUUGAUUAAUUUAAGUAUUUAAUUUUCAUCUUCCUUGGAUCCAUUUGGUCUCUCAGUUGAACAGAUUUCUGCUAAGCAAUUUGGUGUUAUAGUCUCUUGUAGAAAAAACUUAAUAAAAUGUUAAUGUAUGCAA